CGUCUACUUCCAUCUCUCUAUUUGCUUCAGCCCUCUCUGUCCCAGCCAACCCGUACUCUGGUGCUAAUAAGCGGGAAGGGAAAAUAUCUUUUCAUGUCUAUCCCCCCCCUGCCACCACCCCGCAGAGCAAACUUGCAUGAGGCUGAAGGGGAACCCGAAGUGCGAAGAUCAUCCGACCACCCACCCGGGAAAAGGGGGGAAAACUUUCCAAGAUGUUCGGGCUGGGCACCCGGUGCUUAUCUUUCCAUGGCUCUGGGAGAGACUUGCUUAAUUCUGGGACACUACACAGCGUAAUUCCGUGUCACAAUGGAUGAUAACGAGGAGGGAAAGAAAGAAAUCGGUGGCUUGAAUACGAAACGGGCC